CUCUCUCCCCAAAAUAAAAAAAGCCCCCUUUUUUUUUUUCAAGAAUCGGAGAUAUUAGGAUUUCGUCUCUCUAAUCUCUUCCUCCUUCCUUCUUCCUUCUGCAUCUUCUCCGUCGUUCUUGAUCCCAUCCAUGGACGACUCCGCUCGAAACCCCACGCCCCCUUCGCUCGUGACCUCCGCCGCAUACCCAACGAGAGAGGAGGAGGAAGAAGAGCGGCUCGCCGCUUGUUCUUAAGGAGCCUUGCCUCUCUCGUGCGCUAUUUCGGACGACGGUCGGAAGACCCAAGAACAAGAAUCGCUCGCCGAUUCCGGGAAGAGAGAGAGAGAGAAGAGAAGAGAGAAGAGAGAGAUUGAGAUUUGGAGGUGAGCCAUGAGGCCGAUUCAGCCGCCACCGCCCGGCGCCCCCAAUUCGUCCUCGUCCUCGUCCUCGUCCUCCAGGGGCAACCGGCCCCGCCGGCGUCCGGACCUCACGCUGCCUCCCCAGCGCGACCCGGCCCUCGCCGUCCCCCUCCCCCUCCCGCCCUCCAGCUCGGCGCCGUCCACCAGCAACCUCCACAACGGGAGCACCGGCGCCGGCAACUCCGUCGGCAACCACCUCAACAGCGUCUUCCCUCAGCCGCCGGCGGCGGCGGCGGCGGCGGCGCAGCAGCAGCAGGUUCACUUCUCGGAGCUGGAGCGGGUGAAUCGGAUCGGGAGCGGGAGCGGCGGGACGGUCUACAAGGUGGUCCACCGGACGACGGGGCGGCCGUACGCGCUGAAGGUGAUCUACGGCAACCACGAGGAGGCGGUGCGGCGCCAGAUCUGCCGGGAGAUCGAGAUCCUGCGGGACGUGGACAACCCGAACGUGGUGAAGUGCCACGACAUGUACGACCACGGCGGCGAGAUCCAGGUGCUGCUGGAGUUCAUGGACGGCGGGUCGCUGGAGGGCAUCCACGUCGGCAACGAGAACCACCUCAGCCACCUGACGUGCCAGAUCCUGAGCGGCCUCGCCUACCUCCACCGCCGGAAAAUCGUCCACCGCGACAUCAAGCCCUCGAACCUCCUCGUGAACUCGCGGAAGCAGGUCAAGAUCGCCGACUUCGGCGUCAGCCGCAUCCUCGCCCAGACCAUGGACCCCUGCAACUCCUCCGUCGGCACCAUCGCCUACAUGAGCCCCGAGCGCAUCAACACCGACCUCAACCACGGCAAGUACGACGGUUACGCCGGCGACAUCUGGAGCUUCGGCGUCAGCAUCCUCGAGUUCUACCUGGGGCGCUUCCCCUUCGCCGUCGGCCGCCAGGGCGACUGGGCCAGCCUCAUGUGCGCCAUCUGCAUGUCCGAUCCCCCCGAGGCCCCCGCCUCCGCUUCCUCGGAGUUCCGGGACUUCAUCUCGUGCUGCCUGCAGCGCGAGCCCAUCCGGCGGUGGACCGCCAGCCAGCUGUUGAGGCACCCUUUCAUUGUGACCCACAAUAAGGGGCUGCAUCACCAGCUUCUUCCUCCACCUCCACCUCUAUUCUCAGCCUCUUAGUUGCUGGUUCCUUUUCCUUCUUUUUUCUUCCUUCUCUUUUCUAUCGCCUUAGUUGCUAAUUAUUGGUUCCUUGGGUCUUUUCCUUUUUUGUAGUUUUUGAUUUUGAAAUGAUCAUUGGGGUUUGGUGUUUCUAAGGGGGAGAGAAGAAAAAAGUUGGGCUUAGAUGGUGGGUGUGGUGUCGAGAGAAGCUUCAGAAAUUCACAGUAUCAAUGUCUCUUCUUGAUCUUGACGUCCUCCUUUCAUAAUGGAAUGCAAUGCAGCAAUGCUUACCAGUAAAGUAAAUUCCGUUUGCUAUGUUUGGUCUUUUCCUGUCGCUGCCAAGUGCCAAGCCUCAAUUCUGCUUAGUGCGAAGGGGAAAAAACAGCGAGCAAAGUUGGCCUUUUUCCAUGCAAUGCUAUGUGACUAUAUGUUGAUUCGGUUACAAGGCAUGGGAUUUCUUUCUUCUAGGUGGGGGUCACUGGUAUUUUUUUGCUAUUCUUGGUUAAGUUCUGUGGUGGGAUUUGUUUCUGCAAGAAUUGGACUUUGAAUAAUUGCGGCUAUGUCAACUUAUGGGACAUUUUAAGGAGAGGGAAAAGAUUAGAUGGCCUUUUGACACUAUUAAUGCACGUUUUUUGGUUCUUUCUUUCCUGUGAGAGGCUGUGCGCCCUAUCAUCAUCAUCGUGGACACAUCACAUAAGGCUUAAAUGGGAAAAAAGGGGGAAGCAUAUGAGAUUCUCUUCAAUCCAUUAAUUGGUUCUGUUCUGUGCCUGCGUGGGUACUGCAGUGAGUGUCUUCUCCAUCCUCACGUUUUCUUGUUCUUCUGCUUUGGUGUUCUCCGUGGCACCAUAUGUACACCAGGAGGCCGAAGUUUUGAUAGAAUGUUGGAGUGGAUAGUCUUGGCCCUCUGCAUCUAAACAAGAGAUAUCUCGCUUGCUCUUGCAGCUUCAUUCGAUUGCCUUGUGGAAGACGUGGCUUGGGAACAAUGACAGUGAGCUGAGUACUUUUUACUUGUAUCAUAUGAGGACGGAUGAUGCAUUGGAUUAACUGAACAACAAGUUCAAUAGCUAGAUGAUGCUUUUGACCGACUCUUCUUUCUUUUCUUUUCUUUUUUUGGGGGGGAGAUUAGCAUUGAUUCCCCUGGCUUGUUGUAAAUAAGUUCAGAACUAGCUUUUUCAGGCUCAUAAAGAUUGCUCAUGUCAAUCCUUCAUGGAAAUGGUUUUCUUUCGCAGCUAGUUAUUAGCCUUAA